AUGUCUUUACAUAAGCAUCUUGAUAAUUCUUUAAAACAAAUAAAAAUUUUGCAAGAAAAGAUUGAUUUCUUUACUAAUAAGAAGGAAAAAGGGGAACAAAAGAUUGUUAGAAAUACUUUACAACCACCUCCUAAAGUUCCAGAUUUUAAAACUGAAUCUUCAGAGGAUAUUGAACAACUUUUAAGAGAUAAAUUAAAAAAUAUAGAUUUGUCUUCUCAUAUCAAGAACUUGGAUUUAAAACCACAACCUGUGCUAACUGCAAAAGAGAAAAAUUCUAUUAAUCAACGUGCCAAACAUGAUUUUUCUGUGAAUAGUAUUAAUACUAAAUGGGCUGAUAAACCCAUUCAACGCAUGUAUUAUUACAAUAGGCCUACUCCUGUUGAUGUUUUAAAUGAGGAACGUGAACAUGUUUUCAACAAUAGUUAUAAUUAUCGUGAAAUUUAUGAAUGGAAUAUUUAUGGUUUUAAUGAUAAACAGAUUUUUACUACUGUUCACAGAAUGUUAAUGUAUAGCACAAUUUCCAAAGUUAAUAAAAAUUCUGAUAAAGAAAUUGCUUAUAUGAUUGUUGCUGGAUUUACUGGUCAGUUAAAAGGAUGGUGGGAUAAUUUUUUGAAUGAAGAACAUCGUACUACUAUUAUGAACACCACUACUGUUUCUAAGGUAGAAGGCCAAUUAGCUUAUCAGACUACUGAUGUUUCUACCUCUGAAGGCCAAGAAAGGGCCAAUGCUGUUUAUACUUUGGUCACUACUAUGGUUGAACAUUUUUGUGGUAGGUGGACUGAUGAAGCAGAAACAAUUAGGACUACUUUACAAAAUUUACGCUGUAGACAAUUGUCUGAUUUUAGAUGGUAUAAAGAUGUUUUCCUUAGUAGAGUUAUGGAAUUGCAUGAUUGUAGCCAUGAACAUUGGAAGUCUAAAUUUAUUGAUGGAUUGCCUUCUAUUUUUGCUGAACGUGUUAUAAAAACUCUUCGUGGUACUGAAACAAAGAUUCCUUAUGAAAAACUUACUUAUGGUAAGAUUAUCAGUGUUUGUACUCAAGAAGGUCUGAAUGUUUGUAAUGAAAUUAAGAUGAAUUAUCAUAUAAAGAAAAAUAGAUUAAAUGAAAAACAACAAUUGGGUGAAUUUUGUGAUCAAUUUGCUUUUGAUAUGCCUAUUACUGCUAGAAAGGGAAAAGUUUACCCUUCUAAAGAAAAGUUUUACAAAAAAUCUCGCAAAGUUAAGCGUCGUGAAUUAUCUAAAGCUGAUUUAAAAGAGCUUCCUAAAAAAUAUAGGAAGAUGUAUAAGCGAAAAGUAGGAAAAAAGGAUUAUAAGAAAAAUGUUAAAUGCCAUAAGUGUGGUAGAUAUGGUCAUUAUGCUAAUGAAUGCAAAACUCAGAAAAAGAUUAAAGCUUUAGACUUAGAUGAUAAGUUAAAAGAUUCUUUGUGCAAAAUUCUUUUAUAUUCUGAUAAUGAGGGUGCUCCUUCUAGUGUUAAUAAAACUAGUUCAGAUUCUUCUUCGUCUUCUACUGAAGACCAAGUAAAAGUUUUACAAAAUGAAGAUUUAUAUUCAAAUUCUGAUAGAUCUUUCUCUGAUGAUGAAUGUGAACCCUGUCAAAAGGGUAUGUCUUGUGAAAAAGAUGAUAGUCUGUAUAAUUUGUUAUCCAAUUUUCAGGAUUUUAAUUUAAGUGUUAUAGAUGAUGAUAAGAUUUUUAAUAUUUUGUAA